AUCAGCUUCUUCCAUAAGAGAUGCAACAGUGAGUCAUCUAUAGGAGAAUGCUUACAGCUGCCCAGUGGAGUCACUUGGAGGUGAACUAGGGCAAGAAUGGGAGAUUCCAGGGAGCUUUGCUCUCACCUUGAUUCUAUAGGUGAGGUCACCAAAGAGGACUUACUACUGAAAUCCAAGGGGACUUGCCAAUCCUGCGGAGCGGGAGGACCGAACCUCUGGGCCUGUCUCCAGGUUGCUUGCCCUUAUGUUGGAUGUGGGGAAUCUUUUGCUGACCAUAGCACCAUUCAUGCACAGGCCAAAAAGCACAACUUGACUGUGAACCUCACCACCUUCCGGGUAUGGUGUUAUGCUUGUGAAAAGGAAGUCUUCUUGGAUCAGAGGUUGUCAGCACACCCACCAUCUCCACCAUCCAAGUUCUCAGAGCAGGAGACUACAUUGCCUUCUCACCCUUUGAAAGCUGUCCCAAUCGCAGUGGCCGAUGAAGGGGAAUCCGAGUCUGAGGAUGAUGACCUGAAACCUCGAGGCCUGACUGGUUUGAAAAACCUUGGGAAUUCCUGCUACAUGAAUGCAGCCCUCCAGGCACUCUCUAACUGUCCCCCUUUGACUCAGUUCUUCUUGGAGUGUGGAGGACUGGUGCGUACUGACAAGAAACCAGCCCUAUGCAAAAGUUAUCAGAAGCUAGUCUCGGAGGUCUGGCACAAGAAGCGGCCAAGCUAUGUGGUGCCCACCAGUCUGUCCCAUGGAAUCAAGUUGGUCAAUCCUAUGUUCCGAGGUUAUGCACAGCAGGACACCCAGGAGUUCCUACGUUGUUUGAUGGACCAGCUCCAUGAAGAGCUCAAGGAGCCAGUGGCAGCUGAUGUGAGGGACUCUGACUCCAGUGACUCAGAAGAGAAGCGGGAGGGCGACCGGAGCCCUUCAGAGGAUGAAUUCCUCUCCUGUGACUCCAGCAGUGAUAGGGGUGAGGGGGAUGGGCAGGGCAGGGGGGUAGGCAUGGGCAACACCCUGGCAGAGACUGAGUUGCUGAUCCAGGAUGAAGCGGGCAGGGGGAUUUCAGAGAAGGAGAGGAUGAAGGACAGAAAAUUCUCCUGGGGCCACCAGCGAACUAGCUCUGAGCAAGUUGAUGAGGACGCAGAUGUUGAUACCAGCAUGACCGCCAUCGAUGAUCGCCCCACCGAAGCCCUCCCCUCUCCACGUUCCACCAGCCCAUGUAGGACACCAGAGCCAGAUAAUGAUGCAUAUAUGCGCUGCUCCUCCCGCCCUUGCAGCCCUGUCCACCACGAGGCACACUCCAAACUGUCGAGCAGCCCGCCUCGCUCUAGCCCUGUGAGAGUGGGACCGUCCUAUGUACUCAAGAAAGCCCAGGUGCAGGCUGCUGGGAAGAAGAAAAAGGAACUUCGGUACCGCAGUGUCAUCUCAGAUAUCUUUGACGGCUCCAUACUCAGCCUGGUGCAGUGCCUCACCUGUGACAGAGUAUCCACCACUGUAGAGACAUUUCAAGACCUGUCGCUACCCAUCCCAGGGAAGGAGGACCUGGCCAAGCUGCACUCGGCCAUCUACCAGAGUGUGCCAGCUAAACCGGGGGCAUGUGGGGAUAGCUACACGUCCCAGGGGUGGAUCGCCUUCAUCAUGGAGUAUAUCCGACGGUUUGUGGUAUCUUGCAUCCCCAGCUGGUUUUGGGGUCCAGUUGUCACCUUGGAAGACUGUCUUGCUGCUUUUUUUGCUGCUGAUGAAUUGAAGGGGGACAAUAUGUAUAGCUGUGAAAGAUGUAAAAAAUUACGAAAUGGAGUGAAAUAUUGUAAAGUUCUUCGGUUACCUGAGAUACUGUGCAUUCACUUGAAACGUUUUCGUCAUGAAGUGAUGUACUCAUUCAAAAUCAAUAGCCACGUCUCCUUCCCCUUGGAAGGUCUUGAUCUACAGCCCUUCCUUGCCAAGGAAUGUGUCUCCCAGAUCACCACCUAUGACCUCUUGUCUGUCAUCUGCCAUCACGGCACAGCAGGCAGUGGGCACUACAUUGCCUACUGUCAGAAUGUAAUAAAUGGCCAGUGGUACGAGUUUGAUGAUCAAUACGUCACAGAGGUCCAUGAGACAGUGGUCCAGAAUGCAGAGGCUUAUGUCCUUUUUUAUAGGAAGAGCAGCGAGGAGGCAGUGAUGGAGCGCCAGCACGUGGUUUCCCUGGCCACCACAAAGGAGCCCGGCUUGCUACAGUUCUACAUCUCCCGCGAGUGGCUCAAUAAGUUCAACACGUUCGCUGAACCAGGGCCCAUUACAAACCACACCUUCCUCUGCGCUCAUGGAGGAAUCCCACCCAAUAAAUACCAUUACAUCGAUGAUCUCGUGGUGAUCCUGCCCCAGAAUGUAUGGGAAUAUCUCUAUAACAGGUUUGGUGGUGGCCCUGCUGUGAAUCAUCUCUACGUGUGCUCAGCCUGCCAGGUUGAGAUAGAAGCCCUGGCCAAGCGAAGGCGGAUUGAGAUCGACACCUUCAUUAAGCUGAAUAAAGCAUUUCAAGCAGAGGAAUCCCCCAGUGUCAUCUAUUGCAUCAGCAUGCAGUGGUUCCGGGAAUGGGAGGCCUUUGUUAAGGGGAAAGACAAUGAGCCCCCUGGACCCAUUGACAACAGCAAGAUAGCACUGAUAAAAGGAGGUGGUCACAUCCAGGUGAAGCAGGGAGCUGAUUAUGGACAGAUUUCAGAGGAGACGUGGACUUAUCUGAACACCCUGUAUGGAGGUGGGCCUGAGAUUGCAAUCCGACAAAGCAUUGCUCAGUUGCAGGAACCAGAGAACCUGCAUGGAGAACAGAAGAUUGAGGCAGAGACCAGGGCUGUGUGAUCUUCAUGGGCCAACUUGUUCCACCAGAUUGACUGUUGCCAGUGGACGAGAGUCUUUGCACCUGAGAAGAAAGAGGCCAAGUGCUUGGGAAAUGAAACGUAUCAAGAGGCAAAAACAUUUUGGUUCACAGUGAGCAGUGCUGCAACUAGGAAAUAUAUUCACUUGCAGGCUUGUUAAGGCUAUCCAGUAACAUUCUUUUUGGCUUGUGUUCUGGUGGCACAUAGGCUAAUGGUAGUUAGUGCCCCUGAACCUUUCUCUUAGGCUAGCUCCUCCAGCACUAGUGACUGCUAGGGUUUGGCACCCCCAGGGCCCAGCCUUGCAGGCUGCUUGUCUGCCACAUUCUCAGGGGAUGAAGGUAGGGGACUGCUCCUUCAAAGGAUUUCCAGUUGUACAUUUGGACCAGCAUCCUCAUGGACUCUUAAGUGUGGACCACAAGAGUAAUGGGAAACUAAACGUAGACCAGAAUCUCUGUUACCUUGCACCCUUCCUCCUCUUCCCCCACCCCUCAGAUACCUUUAGCAGCAUCUUGGUUCAGAUGGAUUAGAAAUGUCUCAUGGUUCAAAAACAGAUGCCCUCCCUGACCUGCAGAAGAGAAAUCCAGGCCAUCCUUCUAUACUUUCCCAACUAACAGACAGACACAAGGAAUUCUUCUGUCCACUUGAGGGGGAACUGAGGAGUCUGAAACAUUCUUUAGAUAUCAGCUGCUCAAGGUCCCAAUUUUGUAAUAAUCCACAUGCUCUAGAGUUGCAAAUAAGAAAGAUGAAAAAGCGUCUGGGCUGUGGCAGACUCUGGAAGCAUCCAUCCACCUGACCACCAUUGAGCAUGGAUGCAUUUGUACUUGCAGAGCAGCUGUGGGGAGGGUUUGGUGUCAGAAAAAAAAGACAUCUCUUCCUGGUUGGCUCAUCUGUUGCUUAAUGCAAAUCCCCAUAAAUGGUAGGAUGAGAGAGCAGAGCCCUCCGGCCCUCCCCCUUGCUCUCAGUUACUUAUUAGCUAUGUAGCCUCAGCAGAGAGAUGGGCCAGACUGCUCCAGCCUGGUUGUGAAACUUACCACUGCCCAUCCUCCUCCCCCGCUCAGAGAAACCCAACCCAACCCAUUGUGGUCUCCCAUUGAGUGCGGCUUGUGCUGGGACCACGCACUUUGCAGACAACACCUCGGUCCCCGUAGGAAGGGGCAGGUGAUUGGCCCAGGGGAGAGAAAAGCCAGAUGCAGAGGAGGGUUGGCAGACUGAAGGGAACAUUAGCCAAAAUUCUAGCAGCUGUGCUGCUCAGAAAACGUAAACCUUUGCACCACGUGUUGGUUUUUUUUGUGAUGUUGUUUCCCUGGAUCCUUUUCCCAAGUGAGGCAGCAUCAUGCAUGUCGAUCAAGAACGAGCCACUGUUGGACCUUGUUGCCGUUGGAUGCUGUCUCUUGUGAACUGCUUCGGCGAGCAGCCAACCUCCCACAGAGCCUCUAGGCCUGCAUGUUCUCGUACGUUGGUGUUGUAUAGAUUCUGAUGUACAGAUUGUAAUAACAUUUCCGUGUUCAGGUUUGUGCUCAGUGUCAUAAUAAAUCCAUGUGCAUUCAU